AUGUCCAACCCCAACGACCCGCCUCUGGACGAGAUCCAAUGGCGCGCGCCCGACAUCGCGGCGUCGAUGCAGGGCAUCCACUCCAACAGCGUCCUCUUCUACUUCGCCGAGUCGCCCUUCUUCGACCGCCAGUCCAACAACGCCGUCAUCACCAACCAAGCCAUGUUCAACCCGGCUCUCCUCAAGAACCUGGCCACGCGCGAGGCCUUCGAGGGCGAGCUCGACAAGAUGACCGGUCUCGAGUUCCGCGUGCUUCACGCCCCGGCCGACAUGGUCACGGGCACCGGCGUGUGGACGAUUGUCAAGCAGACGCGGCAGAAGAACCUCGAGAGGAACAGGAUAGAGACGAAGCCUUUGGCGUACUACUUCGUGGUCGGGGAGAACAUCUACCAAGCGCCCAGUUUGGGCGACAUUCUCAGCUCAAGGAUUGAGUCGAUAGCAGAAUCCAUGCGUAAAGUCCUCCCCGCGACAGACAGUGUAAGGAAGUGGACCCCGUCCCUCGGCCACGUCUACACCCAGCCCACGCCAUCCGCCCUCUCCAAAACCAAGGAGGAUACGAUCAGCACGCCCAUGCCCGAGGGCAACGCCUCCAGCAGCAACGGAACCUCGACCAAGAACAACGCCGGUAACAAGAAGGACUCGACGGCGGCGGCGCUCGACAGGCUCGCCGAGGAGUCCCUCGCGAUUCACAUGCGCUUCGGCGGCGACUACUUCGACGAGAACCCCAUCACGGGCCGGCCUGGCGACUUCCACUUCGCGAGCACCGGCCGCAAGGACAACAGCAAGAUCGCGCCGCCGCCACCGCCUACGCAGAAGCCGCAGAAGCCCGCGAUCAACACCAAGGCGGCGGAGGAGGCGAAGAAGGAUGGAAAGGGGGAGAAGAGCCCCAAGACGCCCAGUAUGCCGAAGCCCAAGAGGAAGAAGAGCAAGAUUGCGACGCCGGCGGCGACACCUGCUCCGUCGCACUGA